AUGCUAUGGGAAAGUGAGAUAACUCUGCUAUGGGAAGGUGAGAAAGCCCUGCUCUGGCAAAACGAGAAGACUCUGCUCUGGAAAAGGAGAAAACUCUGCUCUGAAAAAAGGAGAAAACUCUGCUCUGAAAAAAGGAGAAAACUCUGCUCUGGGAAAGAAAAAGAGAAAACUCUGCUCUGGGACAGUGAGAUAACUAUGCCAUGGGAAAGUGAGAUAACUCUGCUAUGGGACGGUGAGAAAACUCUGCUCUGGAAAAGGAGAAAACUCUGCUCUGGGAAAAGGAGAAAACAUCUGCUCUGGGAAAAGGAGAAAACUCUGCUCUGGGAAAGUGAGAUAACUCUGCUAUGGGAAGGUGAGAAAGCCCUGCUCUGGCAAAACGAGAAAACUCUGCUUUGGAAAAGGAGAAAACUCUGCUCUGGGAAAAGGAGAAAACUCUGCUCUGGGAAAGAGAAAACUCUGCCUUUGGAAACGGAGAAAACUCUGCUCUGGGAAAAGGAGAAAACUCAGCUCUGGAACAGUGAGAUAACUCUGCUAUGGGAAAGUGAGAUAACUGUGCUACGGGAAAGUGAGAAAGCCCUGCUCUGGCAAAACAAGAUAACAAUGCUCUGGGAAAAGGAGAAAACUCUGCUUUUGGAAAAGAAGAAAACUCAGCUCAAGGAAAAUGAGAAAACCCUGCUCUGA